GUCACCAGUCACUUCUCACUUCUCUCCUUCUCUCUCUCAUCUUCGAUUCUACUUGUCUUUUGUCAAACCACCCUCCAUCCAAACGUAGUCUCAUUUCAUAUAUUCUUGCGGAAAGGCAUCGCUUCCUUUUCCGGAUCGGACGCACAGAUUUAUCCAAACAAACAGUCGGCGGAGUUCCAAUUCGCACUGUCUGUUCAAUCUCUGACACCUCUCUGUUGUAUCAAUUUCCUUCAAUCCACGCAUCAUGGUAUCCCCCGCUUUCCCAGGAUUAUUCUUUGCGUUUGCAGGUUGGGUCUUGUUAUUAUUCGCGUCUGUUUCACCUCCCGCUUGGACAGCUGUCAAAUUUCUCUCUGCCAAUGCAGGAUCACAAACGACGGUAUUUGGGGUUUUAGGACAAUGUGUGGUGGGAGGAGCAUGUACGGCGAAACAUGUGGGGUAUAAUAUCGCCGUAGCUGGUGCAUCCAAUGUCAACACCAACCCCACAGUCCUUCAUCACCUCACCUACGCCCUCAUCCUUCACCCCAUAGCAGGAGCCAUCGCAUUCAUCGGCUUCAUCCUUGGUCUAGUCGGUAUCAUUUGCGCUUCCCGAAUUGCCACCAUUUUCAUGGCGUUGUUGGAGUCUCUAGCAGCCGUGAUAGCUCUAGUGGUAUUUGUCAUUGAUAUGGUGUUGUGGAAUCUGGUCAAGAACCGUUUGAGAGAUGGUGGCUACACCGCGACACUAGGCAAUGCCAACUGGCUUACAGUGGGUGCUGUAGUCGCUCUGUUCUUAUCAAUGUGCACGUCCGUGUGCGGGGCUUGUGGACGAUUCGCUACCGGUCGAGCGGCAGGCGAGAGGUAUUGAGGGACUCCUGGGUCGGGGUUCUUACAGGACAUUUGUUGCCGCAUGCCAAUUUCCCGGUGUACUUUACGAAGCCUUAUAUUGUGGGAAUUAGAGUUCGGUCGGCCGUUUGACAAAGUUGGAACAGAAGCAGACAGGAGGAGGUAGAAGGAAAGGGGCUGUAUUGUCACUGUGUUCAAUAUGACACGUUUUAUAAUCUCUCGGUAUGAAUGCUAUUGUUCGCCUGU